GCUUGACAUAUCAUCAGGGUAUGUAUAACUGCCUCCUGGACAAACUGGAGUCUGCCCAGUGUCGUGAGUGAACGGCUGAAACAUUCUCAUUCAGUGGUAGCCUGAACCGGCUCGACUUACUUGCUUGCUAUGGACAACCCUUGGGCCACAACCUGGGAGCAGCCAGACGAUGGGUCAAACAAUCGAAAGAAACCCAUUUCGACACCGUCCUGGACCUAUACCGUUGGCAGUAAAACUCAGGAUCAAGAGGAAGAUAUAGGACUUCCAUCAUGGUCUGCAAGCAACAAUACGCAAUUGCUAGAAUCAUCUCACACUAGCGACGCUCUCUGGACCCCUUCCAUCGACGAUAGUGGCGCGUGGGGCUCUUCGACGUACGCAAAGAUAAACUUUUCUCGUCAAAGAAUAACAGAAGCGGUCAUUCAUUCAGAGACAGAUGAAGGCAUAUGUCCCGUACCCGCAGCUACCACAGCCAGCGAAGAAGACAACGCUGUAGUGCUUGCUCUCCCAGAUUCCGUGGAGCCUCACCCAGUGCUACUAGCAGUCGAUCCUACUUUCCCUGUUCCAGACAGUCCUGACGUAGAUGGUGGUUUUGAAGCCGGCGCAUCUGUCAAGGAUGAAGAGGAGGAAACUGAGGAUGACGGCGAAGCAUGGGCAGACCCAAUAAACCUCUCAACAGAUGAUGGUGAUGACUGGGGUACCGCCUGGGUGGAUACAUCUGCACCGGAGGUGUCUGUCAGCGCUGAAGAGCCACCAGAUGAAUGGGAAUCGGCGCGACAAGAAAAAGAGAAGCUGAACCGCGCAGUGCCUCCCGAAAUGAUGGCAGCUCUCGUUCAGAAGUGCCAGGAAGUCUCCGGUGAGCUCUGGCCAGGGACAGAGUCCGACUCGGAUGCUAGCAACUGGAGGACUGGUUUUGAUGGACUUGAGAACAUUACGAUUUUAUUAAACGACUUGGUCCCUGAGGACAUGGCUUUGUCCCCUCCAACGCCGUUCUCACAGACAGCCACUGCGAAAGCGGUAAAUAACGCGCUCAAGCUCACGAGGCAUAUGCCUUUGACACGUAAGAGCCCAAUGGCCCUUCUCCUUAGUUCCAAAGGAUCGACGGACUGGGAGAAAUCAAUCAAAGCUAGGAAAGAUAUUCCUGUGGAUGACACUCCUGUGGGGUGGCGAAUCCUAGAGAAAGACGAACGCGCUGCUUUUUCUGACGCAACUCAUCCAAAGAAACCUGGUGCAGGAUUGCUCUCGUUCUGGAACCGCAAGGCAUCAUCAUCAAUACCUUCUGCAGAUGCAAAGGUAGAAAAUGCGAGACCUUCGCCUAUAUCUGCGCGUUCUAGCAUUGAGAACACGAAGCCCCAGGUGUCAGAGAAACGUGAUAUUUCUCCCGCUCGCACUCCAGCCGUCUUCAUGCCUUCAUCCCCGGUAGUCAGCUCAUCCGCAGCUCCUGAUGUCGUGAUUCCAGUGGUCACACCUGCGCCAUCGGCCGUUUCGCGCUUUCUGAACCGUUUCUCACGUGCCAAAGGCACUGGAUCUGAGCGCAAGUCUAUUGCUCUGUCAACAGAUGACCUUGAUUUCCUUUCCGAUAUUGUGCCUAGUGCACACGACCCCGAUGAUGGCACUGACGAUGCCCAGCUGAAAGCGCUGUCGAGUUUGAUCAAUUCAAAUCCAACACCAUUGCCUACAAAGCUUCCACCCCCACUCGCACCACCACCAAUCGCACCACCACCAAAACCUUCAUCUGUGAACACCAGCCGACCUCCUUCUGUCGGUCUGAGUGGCUUGGGCAUUACGCUGGAGCCUGCGCGUGGUUCUCCACAGCAUACUUCGGCUCGUUCUCUAUUCCCGCCGCCACCAUUGUCCCCACAGUACCUCCAAAACCAUCUUCACCAAUUAAUGCGACUUUUUUCUGCUUACACCAACCCAAUAAUACCACCUGCAAUACCCUCCCUACCUCAACCAUCCUCAAGAACGCACUCACCCUUUCAACUCCCGCCGCCACCCAAGGCGCCUUCUGCGCUCUCGAUACCACCACUCCUGCCACCCCCUGUCUCACCCCCGCAAACCCCACGACCUAGCGCGCAUCCCAUGCUGGGGGCUACUUCUUUCACAUCAUCCCCGAGCACCGACUGGGCAGCAGCCACAUAUCAAGACGAUGAUGACGACGACUCAUUCUCCGCUUUCUCAACCCUCCCUCGUACAGAUCCCUUCCCGGCACCACGCGAGUCCAUGGACUCAUCUCUCAAUUCACCAUCCUCUACACAAGCACUGAACUCCGCCAAGUCAUCGACGUCAAUGUCUUUCGACGACUUUGACGACUUUGUGACUUCAUCGCGAAUACGUACGCCGUCCCCACCGCCUGUUCCAGCAAAGCCCUCAAAGGUGGUUGGAGCAGCAGCAGCAGCAAUGCCAAGCUCGCAGUUUGGCACAUCCAUACACAUACGCACGCAGAGUCUGCUUGAUCAUGCUGCCACACAGCGCGGGCAGUGGCCGUCACCAGUGAAUGCGCAUCCUAGGCACUCCAUGCUGCCAUCACCAUCUACUUCUCCGUCACUUGGUCGGGAUCUGGACCUGUUGAGCGAUAGCGGCGCGGCAUUGUCGGCGCCGAAGUUUGGAUCUCCGCCACCGAAGGUGCUGUCUACGAUGGUGCCUCAGUUGUCGCCGUCCCCGCCGCCUGCGCCGUUGUCCCAGCCGCUGUUAUCAUUUGCAUCGUUGUCACCGUCGUCGCGAGCCGAGAGACCUCCUGCGAAGUCGGUUCAGACGGGUGGGUUGACUGCACAAGAUUUGUCCUUCUUUGAAGGGUUGUGAGCAGUGAGAUUGAAGUAUUGGCAUUGGUUUUGGAUUUAUCGCGGUGCAAUGUGUAUUAACGAUUAACGAAACUUGGAAAAUUUCG